GUUUAAAAGACGGACCUGCCUUUCGCACGCACGCACGCGCGCUGCACGGGGCCACAGAUCACCAGAUUAAUUUAUUUAUUAAUUUAUUUAUUUAUGUUUUUAUACUUUCACUGAGAAAGCUACGCGUUGGUGCAGCGUGGUGGUGAGUGUGAGAUGAUGAAGGCAGAUCUGGAGGCUUCUCUUUCUACGAGCUGCAGUUCAGCUAUUCAGUGUCGGGAUGUGUGUCGCUCCUACGGCAAGCUGCGAGUCCUCAGCAGCCUCAACCUUACUGUAACUCAGGGUCAGAUUUAUGGCUUGCUGGGCCCGAGCGGUUGCGGGAAAACCACUUUGCUGAAGUGCAUCGUGGGAACUUUGAAGAUCUCUCGAGGUCACAUCAGCGUGCUUGGGAAGCCACCAGCGUUCCCCGGACACGAGGUGCCAGGAAGGAUGGUGGGAUACAUGCCACAGGACAUAGCUCUGUAUAACGAGUUUACAAUCAGUGACACGCUCUGGUUCUUUGGCCGAAUCCAUGGCCUCUCAUCCCAAGAGACGCGCGAGCGCAUGAAGUUCCUUAUUGAAUUUUUAAACCUGCCGCAGAAGGAUAGCCUCGUCAGAAACCUCAGUGGUGGCCAGCGACGCCGUGUUUCUCUCGGUGCUGCUCUUCUUCAGAACCCUCAGCUCCUCAUCCUCGACGAGCCCACAGUAGGAGUGGAUCCUGUUCUACGAGCCAAAAUAUGGCAGCAUCUGGUGGAGAUCGUGAAAGGAGGACAGGUGUCCGUCAUCAUCACUACGCACUACAUCGAGGAGGCCAGACAAGCCAACAUGGUGGGGUUAAUGAGGAACGGGAGGCUGCUGGCUGAAGCCAAUCCAGAAGAGAUCAUGAAGCAGCACAACGCUGCCACCCUGGAGAGUGCUUUUCUGCAGCUUUGUGAGGACUCGGACCAAGUGGGAUCCCAGGACAGUCCUCAGCGUCCUGAGCGCAAUGACAAUAUUUCUCCAGACAGCCUGAAGGACGAGUGCAGAGAGCCUAUUUUGGGGAAGGAUAUAUCGGCAACAUCAGACAUCCCUAAAUGUAAAGUGGACUGGAAGGUGAGAGCAUGGCAUGUCAUUCCAAAACGGCGAAAUAUUGCGGCAUUGACGAUCAAGACGAUGGUGCGAAUGAGGAGAAAUCCAGGUUCUCUGUGUUUUCAGUUCCUCCUGCCCGUGAUUCAGAUCUGUCUGAUGUGUUUGUGUAUCGGCGGCGAUCCGAAGGGCAUCAAGGUGGCUGUGGUCAAUAACGAAACUAGCUCGAGUGCCUACAGCCACUCUUUCCUCUCUUUCCUCGACAACACCAGCGUCUACCAGGUGAGCCUCUCUCAUUCUGCUGCUUUUGAAGGCGUCCAUAACGGGGAAUUCUGGGGCGUCGUCGAGUUUGGCGAGAACUUCACCACCUACCUGACCAAGAGGAUGUUUCAGCCGAGAGUCUCCAGAGACAUUGUCGAAGGGGGGUCCGUCCACGUGUGGCUCGACUUGACGAAUCGACAGAUAGGAAUAAUGCUACAAAAGAAGCUACAUGAAGCUUUUCAGUCUUUCGUUAAAAGCAAGAUGGGCAGUCAGGCAUAUCUGGUGUCUGUUCCAGUUAAGUUUGAGGAGCCAAUAUACGGCAGUCAGAACACCACAUUCACUACCUUUGUGACUCCAGGAGCUGUUCUGAGCAUCACUUUUUACCUGGCGGUGGGACUUACUGCUCUGUCCUUUGUCUUGGAAAGGAAAGAGGGGCUGCUGGACAGGUGCUGGGUUGCAGGAGUGAGUUCUCUAGAGACUAUGCUUGCACAUCUCUUCUCUCAGCUGUUGGUCAUCAGCGUCCAGAUCAUCCUGCUCCUGCUCUUUAUCCUGCUCGUCUUUAAGAUUCCCAACGAGGGCUCCCUGGUCCUCGUCAUCUGCCUGAUUGUUCUUCAGGGUGUGACCGGAAUCUCUUUCGGACUGGUAAUUUCCUCUGCCAUCGACGACGAGCAGUCGGCCAAUCAGGCAGCUCUCGGCAUUUUCUACCCCAACCUCAUCAUCAGCGGUGUCAUUUGGCCGGUGGAGUGUAUUCCGUAUCCGCUGAGAUACCUGAGUCUGGUGCUGCCUCAGACGUACGCAUCUGAAGCCCUACGCUGCAUUAUGUACCGAGGAUGGGGUCUGUCGCGUAUGAUGGUGUGGCGCGGCUUCGCCGUCACGCUCGGCUGGAACACGUUCUUCAUCAUGCUGGCUACCAUCAUCCUCAAGCUGAGGACGUGAGGGACGCCGGUCACUCGAAAGUGCUUCAGAUCAUGGAGAGAGGUGGCAGGCGAGUCCCAGGCUUCACGGAGAAGACCAGGCCUCUUUCUCUCUCUCUCCCUCUCUCUCUCUCUCUUUCUCUCUUUGUUGUUUUUUAUUGAUGAAGGAGUGGAAGAAUAAAGAUCCCCUAGGGCUGCCAGUCAAGAGUUCACUUUUAGCCUGAAGGUUACCUCAGAGUAGCUGAGCAGUUUCCUCUUCUCAUUUUCAGAAAGACCAGAACCAGUCACCUCAGGGAAAGAAUGGGUUCUGUUUCUGCAUCCAAAGCAUUCCACCAGCAAGUGUCAUACUUUAAAUAUAAUUAUAUAUGUACAUGUCCUAAUUAGCACAGACCAUGGGCUUGAGACUACACUCAUACAUUGUGAAAGACAAAUGGACAAAAGAAUUGAUCUUUGCACUGACUGUCCAACAGUGCAAAAUGGGACCUGUCCUGAACUUGAUCAAUUCAAGAAACCUUCAGAAACCUCUACUACAAAGACAGUACAUCAUUUGGAUGCAUUCGGAGAUUUCUGUUUGUUUUGUUUAUUUUGUUUACGGUUUGCUAAUAAUACUGUAUUAUUAUAUAAUCAAGUUUAAUCCUUAAAUUGCUUUAUUCAUUAGCUUUGUGUGAGUUACCUACUCUGACAUACGGCUGGAUUAAUUGCCACCUGUCAUUCAAACUCACUUGGGCUUUUUACACUUGGUUUGUGCUGUUGAGUUUUCACACUCCUUAUACUGGGUUAGCGAUUAAUCCUAGCUCUUCAUAAUCUUAGGAACCCUUCAGGAUCGGGGCCUGAGAUCUCCUUUAUAAAGCUUUUUGCUGUCUCAUGCAAAAAAAAGAACAAGAAGUCUUACAAUUGUGUUGUAAAGUAAACAAGGCUGUACACAUUGUGGGAUUUUCUUUUCAGUGUUUUAAAUUUACCGUAUUCUAAAUGCUAAUCUGUUGCAUUUUGUGUGUUGGACAUUAUUUGAGAUGUUAUGACCCUUCUACAGUUCAUACACUAGAUGCUAGAGCACAUAGGGCAUGGUGUAGGUGUGUAGUACGUCAUUCGGGACGCGGCUCAUGUCUAGAUUUGUAACGCUAAGAUACGCUAAGACGUGCAUCUUAUCAAAGAUACAGUAUGCUAAGUCAUGCUACACUGAUCUUUGACUGUCAGUUAAGAUGAAGAAGGUUCUUUGAGUUUUAAUAGACUGUGAAUUGGUCAGAAUAGCUAAUCCCACAUACUGAAGUUGAUGUAUUGAAGGCUGAUCUUAAAAACAGGCAAGGAAAUCAAUACAGCCGAGAUUUUAAUUUAAUGGAGUGGAAAGUGUGAAGGAUUCACGUAUGGAGGAUUUUCUUUCUUUUCAAGACGAACAUUAAAGGUGGGGUGCACGAUGUUUGAGAAAUGCUUCAGAAAACUGAGUCGGGCCGACAAACAAAACAAACGUGUAGCCAAUAAGCAGAAAGGGGCGUGUCUUGUCAAUAUGCGGCGGAGAGAGUGUUCAGUGCGCAUGAAAACGGUUGAAACAUUGACAUGGCGGAUAAAAAUGAAAAGCGAAAAAAGGCUUACGAUAAGGCAAGAAGCAGGACCAAUAUAGAAUCCAGCGCUGGAGAGAAUUGAACGUCUUUAGAGUGAAACGGAGCUAAACCUUUCACUGUAAAACACACAGUACUACAAAAACACAUAGUAUUACUCAUUGAGUUCAUUUAUUGAUAAAAAAUAUCCCCUCGGUCAGCUGCCCCAGCAGGUUCCGCCAUAAUAGUUGCCUGGGUUACGUAUGUAUGUGUGGGCGGAGCUAUCAAAACAGGGGUGACACCCAUUUGGGUUAGGGGCGUGUUUGUUUUGGUGAUUUCAAAUGUCAACAUUGGCUUUCAAACAUCAUGCAUCCCACCUUUAACAUGUUUUAUUGCACAUCCGCAAAUCCAAUGUACAUCACCUUAUUUUCCUGUAGGCCUUCCUGCUGGCCAAAGGAGGCACUGUUUAUGAACAUCAAGAGCUCAAAGUAAUGUUCUAGUCAUGUAUGUGAGACUAUUUUACUGUUUUAGUAAUCUUGAUUGUGUUAUGUGUUUGUGUGUGUGUGUGUGUGGAGAAGGGGAAAUGUGCAUGUUUACAUUAUUCAUGUUACCGAACCUGCGAUCAUUGUUCACUGAUCAACUGUGAAAAUCCAGGAGAAAUGCAAGGAGGCGAUGCAUGUGUACUGAAAAGAGAUUGCCUGGGCUACAAGCACAAACAUACCAGCCUUGUGCCAGCAAUACCAACUAUAAUCAAUACCGUGGCUCCUUCCUGUAUGUCCAAGUUAUACAGAGUUUAUAGAUAUCAAGAAAUAUAUAUAGAGAGAGAUAUAAAUAGAUAGAUUCGAGGUUAAUUGCUAGCAACUGAGUAUUUUUUGGUGAACAGUGUUAAAUGCUAUGAAGGAAUGGCUUUUAUAAAGAUGUCUACAAGUUUUGUCUCAUAAUAUGAAUUAUUGUUUUUUUUAUAACUAUAUACAUAUAUGUGUCUUUCUUUGCAUCGCAUGCCUUAGAACUUCUUGUCAUAAAACAACUUCCUUCUUCACACAGAGUGGAUGUAAGCAGGACAAAGAUGACAAAUUAUUCCUUGUCUCUGCUUCAUUACUCACUACAUUCACCGCAAUCAUUCGAUACGCAUUCGAUCGGCACAGCAAAGCUAAAACGGUUAAUGGCUAAAUGCUUUGUGGAGUUUACAUUUUUAUUUCAAUUCCAAAAUUUUAAACAAUUUUCUUUUCUUUCUGAACUAAUAACAAAUAUGAAACACAAUACGCAUUUCAAUCAUCUGUUAUUAUGUAAAACUUUGUAUUUAUCAAGGCAGUUUGUAUAGUGACAGCUAGCGAUUAUCUUUCCGCUAAUUUGUAUCGUCAGCGAUAGCUAGUUAAUUCUUGCUAGUUAGUCUCGGCUAAUAUUUUCCAACAUUCCUUGGUUCAGUUCAAGAUUCAACAUUCUUUAAAUGUCACUAUACCCAGUACAAUAAAAAAAACACAGUUGGAGUCAA